AUGAAGCUCGUACCACUCAGCUGCCUGCUCGGCCUCGCGAGCUUUGGUCUCGCGAGCUUUGGUCUCGCGGAUUACUCAAAAUUCUGCAAUUAUGGCACAGCUGGCGAUGGCAGUUGCGAACAGGAAGGCUACCACACAUUCUGCUGUAUGGAUGACAAGAGAGGUGAAUACGUGCACCACAUGACCGUCCGGCAGUGGCCGAACUCGCUUAAUCCAGAAGGGACGACGAGUCAUUGUGGGAACAAUUGGGAGGGUGAGAUAUGGUGUGCAUAG